AUGUUGCGCACCGCCCGGCUGCAGACCGCCCGACUGCAGACCGCCCGACUGCAGCCCGCCCGACUGCAGCUCCGCAACCUGCGCACACCUGUUUCCACCACCACCGCCACACCUGUUACCACCACCGCCACACCUGUUGCUACCACCACCACACCUGUUGCUACCACCACCACACCCGUUACUACCACCACCACACCCGUUACUACCACCACCACCACCACACGCGGGUAUGCAGCACUCACCGACGUCACCAACUUCCCCCAGGUCGGCGAGCAGCUCCAUGGCUUCACCCUCAGGCGCGUCAAGCAGGUGCCCGAGCUGGAGCUGACCGCCCUGCACCUGCAGCACGACAAGACGGGCGCCGAGUACCUGCACAUUGCCCGCGACGAUGCCAACAACUGCUUCUCCAUUGGCUUCAAGACCAACCCCCCCGACGACACGGGCGUGCCCCACAUCCUCGAGCACACCACCCUCUGCGGCAGCGACAAGUACCCCAUCCGCGACCCCUUCUUCAAGAUGCUGCCGCGCUCGCUGUCCAACUUCAUGAACGCCUGGACCUUCCCCGACCACACCGCCUACCCCUUCGCCACCACAAACGCCCAGGACUUCCAGAACCUCAUGUCCGUCUACCUCGACGCCACCCUGAACCCGCUGCUCAAGGAGAGCGACUUCACCCAGGAAGGCUGGCGCAUCGGGCCCGAGAACCCGCUGGCUGCCGACACCGACGACCCGAGCGCCAAGAAGCUGGUCUUCAAGGGCGUCGUGUACAACGAGAUGAAGGGCCAGACGUCCGACGCAAGCUAUCUGUUCUAUGCCCGCUUCCAGGACCACCUCUUCCCGGCCAUCAACAACUCAGGCGGCGACCCGCAGAAGAUCACCGACCUGACCUGGGAACAGCUGCGCAAGUUCCACGCCGACCACUACCACCCCAGCAACGCCAAGAUCCUGACCUAUGGAGACAUGCCACUGGCGCACCACUUGAAGGAGGUGGACCAGCGUUUGCGUACCUUCGACAAGAUCCCCGUCGAUCAAGAGGUCAAGGCGCCCAUCGAGCUGAACAGCCCCAGGGACGUCACCGUCCCUGGCCCGCUGGACCCUCUGGUGCCUCAGGACAAGCAGUACAAGACAUCCGUCACCUGGCUGAUGGGCGACACCGCCGACUCUGUCGAGAACUUUGCGCUCGGCGUCCUCAGCAGUCUGCUCAUGAACGGCUACGGAUCGCCUCUGUACCGCAACCUCAUCGAAGCAGGCCUCGGCGCAGACUUCAGCGCCAACACGGGUUACGACAGUGCCGGACGGCGGGGAGUCUUCUCAGUCGGUCUGGAUGCCGUCAAGGCUGAAGAUGUGCCCAAGGUCAAGGAGGCCAUCGUCAACACAUUCCAGGAGACUCGACAGAACGGCUUCGACAAGAUCAAAGUCAACGGCAUCCUCCACCAGCUGGAACUUUCCCUCAAGCACAAGACCGCCAACUUCGGUAUGGGCAUCAUGCAAAGACUGAAGCCCAGCUGGUUCAAUGGCAUCGAUCCCAUGGACGCCCUCGCGUGGCAAGACACCGUUGACGCGUUCCAGAACAAGUACGCCGAGGAAGGGUACUUGGAGAGCCUCAUUGACAAGUAUCUCCUUACCGAGAACACGCUCACCUUCACGAUGAAGCCAUCCGAGACCUUCAGCCAGGAGCUCGUCGAAGAGGAAAGCCAACGAUUGGCGCACAAGAUCUCCGAAACCACGAGCCAGUUUUCCAGCGAGGACGAGGCGCUGAAGUAUCUGGAGAAGCGUGAGCUGGAACUGCUCGAGAUCCAAGAGAAGGCUAGAACCGAGGAUCUCAGCUGCCUGCCCACAGUACACGUCAAGGAUAUCCCGCGAGAGAAGGAGCGGAAACCUCUUCGCCACACCGAUAUGGGCGAUGUCAAGGUGCAGUGGCGCGAGGCUCCCACGAAUGGUCUGACGUACUUCCGUGCCGUACAUCGGCUGGAGAACCUCCCGGAUGAGUUGAGGGAGUUGAUCCCGCUCUUCACCGACGCUCUCAUGCGUCUGGGCACAAAGACCAAGACGAUGGAGCAGCUGGAAGAGCUGAUCAAGCUCAAGACGGGAGACAUCUCGGUCGGCUACCACUCCAACCAGUCGCCACUAUCGCUCGACUCCUACGAGGAAGGCAUUGCUUUCUCAGGCUAUGCCUUCGACCGCAACAUCCCCGACAUGUACGAGCUGUUAUGCACAAUCCUGCAGGAGACGGACUUCGAAGGGCCAGAAGCGGAGAAGAAGAUCAGGGAACUGCUCCAAAGCUCGUCAAGCGGUGCGAUCAACACCAUUGCCUCCUCCGGCCACUCGUACGCCAUGCGCUACGCCGAAGCAGGUAUCAGCUCCAUUGGUCGCUUAUCAGAGCAGACUGGCGGCCUGACCCAAGUCAAGCUGACGACCAGCCUCGCCUCUCUUGAAUCCCUCACACCCGUCAUUCAAAAGCUCAAGGCCAUCCAGUCCUUCGUCAUAGCGAACAACGCCCAACUCCGUGUUGCUCUCAACUGCGGCGCCGAAUCCGCAACCCCCAACCAAGAAGCCCUCUCCAAGUUCCUCCAAACGUUACCAAAAGCAGUCUCCGUCCCCACAACAACCCAGCAAAACACGUACCCGCGCAACUCCAAAUCCUUCUUCCCCCUCCCCUACCAAGUCUACUACUCAGCCCGCGCUGUGCCCACAGUGCCGUACGUCGAUCCAGCCGGCGCCCCGCUCGAGAUCCUCGCCAAGCUACUCACCUUCAAGUCACUGCACCCGGAGAUCCGCGAAAAAGGCGGCGCGUACGGCGGCGGCGCGUACGCGCGCGGCCUCGGGGGCGUGUUUGGCAUGUACAGCUACCGCGACCCGAACCCGGUCAACAGCCUGAAAGUAAUGAGCGAAGCGGGCGUGUGGGCGCGCGACCGCACCUGGAGCGCCCAGGAUCUCGAGGAGGCCAAGCUCAGCGCUUUCCAGGGCUACGACGCCCCUCAGAGCGUCAGCCGCGAGGGCAUGCGCCUCUUCCUCUCCGGCGUCACCGACGACAUGCUGCAGACGCGCCGCGAGCAGCUGCUCGAUGUCUCGCCCGAGCAGGUCCAGCGCGUGGCUGAUGCGUUCCUCGUUCAGCGCGCCAGCCAAGCCAACGUGGCUGUGCUCGGCGAGAAGAAGGACUGGGCGGACCCCGCGAGCGGAUGGGAGUUUAGGGAUCUCGGUAUGGCGGAGAAGGUUGAGGAGGCUGCGGCUGCGUAG